GAGAUUCAGACUGUCUGAGUUGUAGAGAAGGGAUCAGCCUCAAAAGAAAUAAACAAGGCAGCAGAAGGUGACACACCCCCAGAAACUGACAGGCAGAAGAAAAGGAAGAAGUCUGAGAAAUUUCAGGAGCCAGGAAGAUUGUUUUAGACAGACCGACACCAAGGCAAUCCUUGGCUGGGCAAGGACCCUCGGGGGUGCAGAGGGUCCCUUGGGCUGGUUCCUCUUGGGGAGUCUAGAUAAGGGGUACCUACAAGGGCCAGCCGACAUCAGGCAACCUGAGAUGGAGCUCAGGGCCCUCGAGACCCUGGAGGAUGGGGAUACAGAGGAAGACACAGCCAUGGCCCUCCAGCGGCUAGUAGAGCUGACAGCCAGCCGGGUUACAUCGGUGAGAAGCCUGCGUGUCCAGUACCGUCUCAUCCGAAAGCUGGGUUCCGGUUCCUACGGCCGAGUGCUCCUAGCCCAGCCUCGCCAAGGGGGUAAAACCGUGGCCCUUAAGCUCCUCCGGCGGGACUCGGUCCUGAGAACAACUUUCCUGAGAGAAUUCUGUGUGGGCCGCUGCGUCUCUUCGCACCCAGGCCUGCUGCAGACGCUGGGGAGGCCCCUGCAGACACCCCAACAUUUUGCCUUUGCCCAGGAGUACGCACCCUAUGGGGACCUCAGCGGAAUGCUCCAGGAGAAGGGUCUCCCAGAGCUGAUGGCGAAGCGGGUGUUAGCCCAACUGGCUGGAGCCCUGGACUUCCUCCACGGCCGGGGCCUGGUGCACGCAGACGUCAAGCCGGACAAUGUGCUAGUCUUCGAUCCUGACUGCAACAGGGUAGCCCUCGGGGAUUUGGGUUUGACCCGACCUGAGGGCAGCCCAACCCCCGCGCCACCAGUGCCUCUGCCCACCGCACCACCUGAGCUCUGUCUCCUGCUGCCGCCCAACACCCUGCCCUUGCGGCCUGCUGUGGACUCCUGGGCCCUGGGCGUGCUUCUCUUCUGUGUUGCCACAGCCUGCUUCCCUUGGGAUGUGGCUUUGGCCCCCGAUCCCGAGACCCUAGUGUCUGGGCUCCUGGACAUAACCUCUGAGAAGAUUUGUGUUCGCCAAUGA